CUCUUCCACCUGGGUUGUUUGUUGUUGUGGCUCGUAAAGUGCGUGUGUGUGUGUGUGUGAGCUUUCACAAUGCUCUCACAUUAAAUAAACACGUUACCGGUCCACCAUGAGUAAAGUGCAGGUGCUGAAGGCGUUGGUGUCCGAGAGACUGGCGGCCGCUGCGGAGGAGAUAUUCCUGAUAACAGAGAGGAAGCUGCUGCACUCAUCAGAAAUGUCCCCUGAGCAGCAGAGGGCGGUUGUACACAAGAAGCUGUCGGCGGUCGCAGACGAAAUCUUUCGGAUCCUGGAGAUAAUGAUGGCUGAAUAUGAGGCCGAGGUCUCCAGUUCCCACGGGGAGAUCGGACAUCGCCAACUGCUGGACAUCACGUUGAAAACGGAGACAAAUUUACACACAACAGACAGACUGCCGCUCUCUGGGUUGGACCGUGAACAAGACGUUUCCUCUGAGCAGCAGAAAUGUGAGCAGAGCAGAAGCUCCAGCCAGGUCCAGAAAACAUCAAAAUUACCACAGAUUAAAGACGCAUCGACGGAGACAGGCUCUGAGUUAACCCACAGUAACACCUCACAUCCUCACCGAAUGCAGAGAGCGGAAAAGGGCACCUCAACUGUGACGGAAACAGAGACACGAGGAGAGCGGCGAGGGCUGCCGCAUAGCGACGGGGAGGUUCUGUCAUCAAAGGAUUCAGAAGCUGGAAGUGAAGACAACGAUAGUGAUGAAGAGCUAAAUGAGAAAUCUCUCAAAUCAAACAAAAGAAAAACAUUUCAGGAUGCAGAUUGUUGCAAAACAUGUGGAGCGCCUUUCCUCAAAGAGAAGAAAAUGAAAAAACAAACAAGAAAAAUGGCUCCAACGAACAAGAUUCAAACUACAGGACAGAGCUGCUGCAGAGUCUGCGGGAAGUUCUUCCGGUACAAACGCUCUUUUCUGAAACACGUGCUCCAGCACGAGCAGAGUUCGGAUCUGUGUGGAGCCUGUGGAAAACAUCUGGAUUCCGACAAGAGCUUGAAGGUGCAUUUACGGACCCACAACGAAGAAUACAUCUGCAGGGAUGAAACCGAUGACAGACAGUCAGAGGCAGAGGGCUCGGACGCCCAGAGCAAAGUGGGCGAAAGCGAUGAGGACUGGAGGGAAAGCGAGGGGACUGACAGUGACGACGGAGAGAACGAGAAAGAUGAGACCAAAGAAGGAUCUUGUUUAGAAAAGUCCAGAACAAAACCUCAAGGAUCAAACAAACCUAAGGGAUCUAGAAAUAAGGAUUUAUCCCACCUGAAAUACCGCUGUAAAGUGUGUGGCAAGUCCUUCUGCUACAGAGCCUCUUUUCUGAAGCACGUGCAAGAAGACGAGGGGGACACGGACCUUUGCGGUGUGUGUGGGAAGCGCUUUGAGUCCGAGGAGAGCUUGAGGCUUCAUUUGCAAACCUACAUCCGAACAAACGACUGCGAAGUGUGCGGCAAACACUUCGAGAGCCACAAUCAGCUGGAGAUGCACAUGAGAACCCACACGGGAGAGAAGCCGUACGUCUGCACCGUCUGCGGCAAAGCGUUCGCUCAGAACGGAAACCUGAUGGGGCACAUGAGAGUUCACACGGGGGAGAGACCGUACGUUUGCAGCGUGUGCAGCCAGAGCUUCAGCUUCAAAGAAUAUAUGAUGGCUCACAUGAGGAUCCACACUGGGGAGAAACCGUUUCUCUGCAGCGUCUGCGGGAAAGGAUUCAGGCAGAGGGGGACUCUGAAGACGCACAUGAUGAUCCACACGGGAGAGUCCACGCACCGGUGCAGCAUAUGCGACAAAAAGUUCUACAAGAGCGGAGCGCUGAAGAUCCACAUGAGGUCCCACACAGGAGAGAAACCGUAUCUGUGCAACGUCUGUGGGAAAAGCUUCACGGCGAGCGGCUCGCUGACCAAACAUAUGGGCGUCCACGAAGGGGAGCGGACGCACUGCUGCAGCGUCUGCGGCAAAGGAUUCUUGAGGAAAGAGGACCUGAAGAGACACGCUCAGACCCACGGGGACGAUUCCACGCAACUGACGAGUCUUUAGUGCUCUUAUAGGAAUGUUCAAUAUUUUAGGAAAUGCACAUUUGCGCUCUUUCCAAGAUUGAGAUGAAAUGAUAUUAAUAGUUGUAGUCAUUUUUCAUGCAAACAUACCAAAUAUUGCCUAGUUCCAGGCACGGUACGAUAUUUUGUGUUCUGUGUGAUGCUGCUAUCUUGUCUUAGCUUAGCAUAAAGACUGGAAACUGGGGGAAACAGCUAGCCUGGCUCUGUCCAAAGUUUAAAAAAAAUGUACCUCUAAAUCUGUAUUAUGUACACACCUGAUGGAAAGACAGCAAAUCUUUCCUAAAUGUUGAACUGUUCCUUUAAAGGGUACAUAAUCAAAUUACAGUGCUGAAACUAGGCUAAAGUUAGACACACAUUUUUAUUUGUUGUAUACACCUGGUCUCACGUGUUUAAAAAGAAACAUUUCUAAUCAUUUAUUAAAUAAAUAACAAUCAUAUUUCCAGCUGUAUUCAGUGUAAACCUAAGAUUUAUUUUGCUAACUCACACAACUUUAACGAGUCUUCGUACAUCGAUACCUCCUUCAGGAAGAUUAAAUCUUUAGUGUGAAAUUAUAAAAAAGUCUCAUUUUAAUACACAUUUCUUCCAUCAGCUCACUGAAACUGGUUCUGGUAUUAGUUGUGUGUUCAUUGUUAAAGCCUGCACUGAUGCCUAAAGUCUUCGGACAUGAAAUGAACUCGUAUCCCGACAUCUACAGGGAAAGGUUGGCAAAGGUUUAAUUGGGAACAUCUAACUGAGGCUUCAUACUAAAGUACAACAUUUUCUGAAUCUUCUAAUUCAGAAAACACCAAAUCUAAUUGUUGUGUGAUGGGUGGGGAUUCAGAAAGUAACCAUAUUGCAGAAUGACUUCACUUAAAUCACCUAAAUUAUUUACAGAAAGAUUAAGGAACCUCUUUAUGAUCUAUGAGAGCACCAAGACUGCACUUAUUACAACUACUUUUCUGUUUGUUUGAGUUUUUCUAAAGAAAUCUCCAGUGGUAACUAACCAGUCUAAUCUCAGCAAGAUGUUCAGUUUAAAGUUUAUCCUGUAAAUCAGCACUCUGAUGUUCAGAGUUUAUUUGUGUGAUUGACUUUAAACAUUUGGUUUAGUCUGAGAAGCUUUGGCUCAAUCCAAAAUCACAUGUACUGUUUCAGAUUUUAUUUUUUCUUCACAGUCUUUGUUUUUUAAAUAUCACAUCAUCAAUAUUUAGAGAUUUAUUUACAAAAAUUAAACAAUCCAAUCCAGAAAUGCUAAAAGCUUUAACAGUAUUCAAAGAAGUGUUUAAUGAUACUGUAAAUCAUAUCAGAUAUCACCAUAUGCAUGUGUUUUUACCUUAUCACAAGAUUGUGUUUUUUAUUUUAAAAGUAGAGCUUGCCUUAAUGGAGAGUUGUUACAAUUUUGUGUGAAAAUAUCAAAUAUUGGUUUCCCCUUUACUUAUAUAUUAUUUAUAAUUUCACUGUUUUGUUAUAUUCAUUUCACAAUUGUCUUUUAUUUCCAAAAUCACACAAGAUGGUUCUACAGUUUGUUUAAAACCCUCAAUAAAUGCAGGAAAUCUC